UUCGCUAACAAUAGGAAAAGGUGUUUGAUAACAUAGGCUACGAGAACGUGUAUAAUACUUGUGGAGUGUCGUGAGAAGGAGUUCAUAUUUUAUGUCGAUCUUUAAGGGAACAGUCGCCAUUUUGCAGAAUUUCGCAAAAGCUGAAACCUUAAUAUGACUGCAGAAACAAACUUCAGACAUGGCGGGUUCAAGAUGUUCUCAAUCAUCUUGACCCUGUUCUUCUACAUCGCCGUGUUGGUCUUCAACUACCUCACCAUGCAGAAUUUCGGAACAGAUAUAGGAAUCUUCACGAACAACACGGGUGAUGUUUCACGCUACUUCCAAAUCGAGAUCACACCGGCCAACUGGACCUUCGCGAUAUGGGGCUUCAUCUACGCGUGGCAGUUGCUCUUCAUAGUCUACGCGAUGACCACUCUAUGCAGGAAAACUGAGAGCGGCUACCUCUACAUGCACUCCUCCCAAAUGCCAACAGGGAUCUACUGGAUCUAUAUCUUCAACAACCUUCUCAACGUUGCCUGGCUGAUACUGUGGGAUAGAUUCAUGGUGGAGUGGUCCCUUCUUGUCAUCGUAUUUAUACCUAUCACCCUCUACAUCAUGAUCCUGUUGACUGUCAGGGCCCUCAAUGCUGGACAGGCGUCACUCGCUAACGAAGGAAUGGGGCGAGAGAUCUGGUUCAACCGUUUCUUCGUCCAGAACGCAUUUGGCAUCUACGCCGCGUGGACCACCAUCGCCUCGCUCAUCAACUUCGCUGUCGUCAUGGCGUACAAGGUCGGUCUCGACCAAGCAUUUGCUUCCACCGUUUCUCUGGGAGUCCUUGCUUUUCUGUUGGUUGUUUGGAUCAUCAUGGAUCUGAUCGUCUGCGACAAGUAUACCCGUUUCCUCUUCACCCCUUACAUUGUCGUCGCCGUGGCGCUCGCUGGAAGCAUGCACUUGAACUGGGUGCCAACCAAACGCAAUAGUAUAUUCACUGCGGUCCUAGAGGGUGUUGAUGGUGCUGCGCUCAUAAUCAAGUUCAUCUCGAUGAUAUACCGACAGUGUACGAGCCCCAUACCGGCUACCGGGAAAGAGAAAAGGGCAGCUUACCAGGCGGAUGCCGAGGCGCAGUCUGAGCCAGAGAAGCUACAAAUUGUCGAGCCGUACACUGGAAACUUGUAAACUGUAUUCGUACUAAGAUUCGAGCUGUUGGAUACUAGACAGACUUUUUCGAACAUCCUUUGUUGGUCUUGACAAUGAACCGUUCACAUGAUCAGUUAAGGAAGUGGUGUGAUACGGUGUGAAGUCGAUCCGUCAAAGUUAGAAUGCAGGAUGAAGCGGAACGAAGGAAUAUUUAAUAUAAAAAUAGAUACUGCUUGAUUAUGUCAUGUAUGUAACGACUGCACUGAAAUCAACUGUGUGCUUGUGGGGAAUAUCAGUAGGCUGCAUGAUUAGGUUGACAGUACUACUCGAAGCAGACCUGCUGAUAUAGGGAGAUGACUACUCUCUAUUAGAAACUGUUAAAUGCAUGCCUACUGAUCAUGACCUCUGAGGAAGGAGUUUACGCUACAUCAGAGUGUAUAUAAUUUUAUAUCAUUUCAUACUAGUAUGCGCAUUGGAACCACAUUUAAUAGAUAUGACACCCUACAGACAUUA